AUGGGGCUGCUCUCGCCUGGUAUCUCGUCUCGAGUGGCUGAGAGUCACAGUUCGGUUAAUCUACUGGAAGAUGUACGGACGCUGUUUGUCAGUGGCCUUCCUGUGGAUAUCAAGCCCAGAGAGCUCUACCUACUCUUCCGACCAUUCAAGGGUUAUGAAGGGUCACUGAUCAAGCUAACUUCAAAGCAGCCAGUUGGUUUUGUGACCUUUGACAGCCGGGCUGGUGCUGAAGCAGCAAAGAACGCCUUGAAUGGCAUCCGCUUCGACCCAGAGAACCCCCAGACCUUGCGGUUAGAGUUUGCUAAAGCCAACACAAAGAUGGCCAAGAGCAAGCUGAUGGCCACGCCAAACCCCACCAAUAUCCACCCUGCCUUGGGCGCACACUUCAUUGCACGGGACCCCUAUGACCUGACUGGAGCAGCUCUUAUUCCAGCGUCUCCAGAAGCAUGGGCUCCCUACCCACUGUACACCACGGAGCUAACCCCUGCCAUCCCCCAUGCUGCCUUCACGUACCCAGCAGCCGCCGCUGCGGCCGCUGCUCUUCACGCUCAGAUGCGCUGGUAUCCUCCCUCCGAAGCUACCCAGCAAGGAUGGAAGUCUCGUCAGUUUUGUUAGUUCAUUACGUUUCUCCUCGGCUUGUGUUCCUCCUCCCUGCCUCUCUGUGGAGGGAUGUGCCAGGGACGAUCGCUCAGACUCCUCUCGGUUUGGUUUGUGGCCAGCAGACAAGGUGCCUGGCCCCAGCGCGCUCCCCGCCCCGGGGCUGCCGGCAUCUCCCCUCCCCGGACUGUGAAGCCGCCGUGGCCACCCGCCACGGGCCGUGCACUGCCUCCAUCUAUCCCUCCAUCCCUCCCUCCAUCCCCAGGACACCCUCCCUGACUGAGCUUCGCUGUCCGGCUGCGCCGAAACCCAGCUGG